AUGAGCUCUACCAGAGAGAAUGCCGCACGUCUGCGGCCAGCUGCUGAAAACCAGCCGCCGCCUUCGCUGGAGUGUCCGUCGUGUUUGGCAGUAUUUGAGAGCAGGAUAGAGCUUGAAAAGCAUUUGAGCCGGAGAUCCGCUCGCUCCCAUGAUGGGGUCGAGCACUUGCGACGACUGGUUGAAAACCGAGGCGAUUUCGACCAAUUGCUGCUUGAGGUUACGCAGGCCACUGAAAAGCAACCAUUCCAUUAG